AGCGUCGCUGCUGGUUCUCCAACAUUUGUUCAAACCUUUUGGUUCUCCGUUAUCCCUGCUGCUUGUCGAGGAAGGUCGAGUGUGUCAGCAUGCUGCUGGCCGUGCUAAGCUGGCUCUGCUCCGCCCUGCUGGUGUCCGUCAGCGGGGGAAAGCUGCCCGAAGCCGAGGUGAAGAUCGAAGUUCUGCACAGACCCUUCCUCUGUCAUCGAAAAUCAAAGUACGGAGACAUUCUGCUGGUGCAUCAUGAUGGAUACUUUGAGAAUGGGACCAUGUUUCACUCCAGUCGAACUGAUGGUGACAAGCAGGCAGUGUGGUUUACACUGGGCAUCAGAGAAGUGAUCAAAGGCUGGGAUAAAGGCCUGCAGGACAUGUGUUCUGGAGAGAAGAGGAAACUGGUCGUACCACCAGCCCUCGCCUAUGGGAAGGAAGGCAGAGGGAAGAUCCCGCCUGAGAGCACGCUGACCUUUGUCAUCGAGGUGCUAGAGAUCAGAAAUGGACCGAGAUCACAUGAGUCCUUCCAGGAGAUGGACCUCAACGACGACUGGAAGCUGUCCAAGCAUGAGGUGAAAGAAUACCUGAGGAAAGAGUUUGAGCGUCAUGGUUACCCUCCCAACGACACUCUGCAUGAGAACAUGGUGCAGGACAUCUUUGCCAAAGAGGACGAGAACAAAGACGGCUUCAUAUCUUCCAGAGAGUUUACUUACAAACACGAUGAACUUUAAAGUCUCUGUCUGAGCCACGACUCCCUCAUGUUCCACUCUCUCUAUAAAGUCACAGUGGAGAUACUUUGGAGUUUAUUGCAAACAAUCUCGCUACUUGAAAGUAUUGCAGUUUUAUAGAGUUUUUUGUGUAGUGUGUGUGACAUGUAAGCUCCUCCUGUGUGAAAAACUGGGAGAUGCAAUUUGAGCCAACAGGAUUUUUUCUUGUUUCAUUGAUGUUUUGCUUUAGGAGGUAUUUGCAUUUUUGUGUUUUUAGUAUUUUUCACAGGAACCUAGAAAACCUCUUGUGGUACAUUUAAAUUUAACAAAUUAGACCAGGGUAAAAUGAUUUCAUGUCACCUUGCAUAUACAUUUUAAAGGCUGCUUUUUUAUUUGUUUGCAGAAUAUCAAAAUGAGGGAAUGCCUGUAAUGUAAGAAGGUAUCUGUUACUAAAUUUGGCUGCAAAAUUCGUCUUCAGGGAAAUAAAGUGUUUGUUUCCAUUACAGAAUGCUACCACA